AUGGCUCUUGACGUACAAGACAAAGUCUUCAUAUUUGCUUCAUUCGCUACUGCGGCCGUCGGUGCGGUUUUGAUUGUCAUCGGGUUUGUGCUCAGAUUCGGCAACGGUUUCGCCGAUUUCAGUAAUUAUGCUCAAAAGGACAACGAUUUUCUGGAAUUGCGUCGAUUGGAUAUGAUCUUCGGGUUAUUCGUGGCGGCCGCCUGUGUUCUCAUCCUCUCAUUUUUCUUGGCGCUAUUCGCCACGUGGAAAAAGAACAAAUUCCUACUCAAAUGCUAUUGUGCUCUUGUCGGCCUCAUGGUUGUCGUCCAGCUUGUCGACGGCCUUCUUGCGUUCACCUAUUCGGAUCAGGUCAAUCAAAUGGCUUCCGACGACAUCAUGUACGAAUCAUUGGCGAAAGCGGCGUUGAAGACCAUUCCGGGAACGGCCGACACUCUUCCGAACGACGAUGAAGUGCAAUUUUGGGCAACCACGCAGAAUUCGUUCGCCUGCUGCGGCGUUUACAAUUCAACCGAUUGGACAAUGGCGUGGGGAAAAGAGAGCACAAGUCAAUUAGAGCUUUUGCACUGCUAUCAAAAGCAUUAUAGCGACGGAUGUGAGAAAAUCGUGAGAUCCCGAAUCGCCAGCGAAACACAAUACCUAGGAGCAGCAUCAAUGGGUGUUUUAGUAGUGGAGCUUAUCGCCAGCUUCCUCGCCGGUUAUCGCGCCUAUACCCCUUCAAAUUCAUAUUAG